CACAUCCGAUCCACCCACCAGAGCCGGUCGAUCCGUUCGAAAACGCUCCGAAAAGACCCCACGAGUUCUUCUCCCACACCCACCACCCACACCGCACUGCUCCGCCGCCGCCGCACUAGCCGUUGCCUUCUCCCCUUCCCUUCCCCGUUCCCAUUCCCAAGGAGUUAUCCUCACCGGCGGAUCCGGGGCGCCGCAGCAAGAGGGAGGAAGGAGGAGGAGAGGAUACUACCCGAAUGGCGUCGCGGACGGCGUCCAAGGAUAUCAUCACGCUGCGAGGCUCCGCCGCCAUCGUCAGCGAGUUCUUCGGAUACGCGGCGAAUAGCAUCCUCUACAACCGCGCGGUGUAUCCUGAGGAGAGCUUCACCAAGGUGAAGAAGUAUGGGCUCACCAUGCUGCUCACGCAGGACGAGGGGGUGAAGGACUUCAUCGCCAACCUCACCUCCCAGCUCUCAAAGUGGCUGGAGGCCGGGAAGCUGCAGCGGAUUGUGCUGGUGAUAAUGAGCAAGGCCACCAGCGAGGUUCUCGAGCGAUGGAACUUCAAUAUCGUCACUGACGCCGAGGUCGUCGAGAAGGGGGCUAUCAAGGAGAAGAGCGACAAGGAGAUCAUGAGGGAGAUUCAGGCCAUCAUGCGCCAGAUCACCUCCUGCAUCACCUACCUCCCCUGCCUCGACGAGCCAUGCGUGUUCGACGUGCUGGCCUACACGGACACCGACGUCGACGCUCCGGGCACCUGGGUCGAGAGCGACGCCAAGCUCAUCGACAACCCGCAGAUGGUUAAGCUCCACUCGUUCGACACCAAGAUUCAUAAGGUGGACACGCUGGUGUCGUACAAGAAGGAUGAGUGGGACGAGGAGUAGGGUUUGCACCAAGUACCCUGCUAUCGCUAGAGCUUGGCGUGAAGGCAGUGUGAAUCGUUCAUUCACGUCUAGCGCGUACUCCCACUCCUACCAAACCAUUCUUGCGUAUUCCCCUGUCUGGAGCCCUGGAAGCUAUGUAAUUCUGGGAUUGAAAUGCAACCUUUUGCGAUCUUUUUAGAUGCUGUUUUUACUUUUAUAAUAUGACAUGUCGCUGACAAGCGCCUGUGCGAUGUAACAAUUAUCUUGCCCGUUUAGAUUCCCUGGACACAAUGUGCUGGAAACUUUCAGAUUUACUGCAAGUAAUCGUAGAACAAUCUAGUUCUCUGGAGGAUCA